CUGAUCAUUAGGCGGACUCAUUUCCGGGCAGUGCCACGGUGUUGAGAAGAGAGUAGAACACAAAGAACAAACACAAACAAUUGUGAGGAGACAAAAAUGGAGAAAUCUUUUACGGAAUCCAAAAGAUGCACAAACUCCAAACGCCUUCUCUUCGAUCGUCGCUACGGUUGGGUGAUUGAUGAAUGGAAAGACCCUUCGGAAGAAGCUUUGGCAGGUGGCCGAGGAAUGUUCUGCAUAGUGCCCCUCGCAAAAACUCUGGUUAACUCAGUCACACAGAUGGUUAAUAUUGCAGCAAUAUCCACAGUUAAAGCUCUUGAAAAUCCAGAGCUACUUUCACCUCAGGUACUACAAGUAGGUCUGCAUCAAAGGCUUGAGAAAUUCACGUCGUCCAUUCAAAACUCAGCAUUUCACUUUGGCUUCCAGAAAGUAACUUCUCCUUCAGUUUCUACUAGUUCCUUGCAUCUACAUGAUGAAAGAAUUGAUCACAGUUAGCUGAAUAAAAAUUGAUCCUCACUUACAAGAGACUUGAGAGAUUAAGGUAUUGUACUUGACAAGGAAAUUAACUUUGAUAUGCUCUUUCUUUUUCCCCAUCUUCAAAGUUAUUGUUUUAUUUAGUUACAACUAUUUUGUUUAAUAACCCACCCCAGUCCCCACCAAUCCAAGGGCGCCUACAAAGUCUAUUUGGAUUGACUUGUUCUAAGUGGGGGAAAAAUGGUAUUUGUAAGCACUUAAUAAAUCAAUCUAAAAAAAUAGUAAUGGUAAUAAAAUUUCAAAAAAA